AUGACGGGGAAGAAAGUUACAGGCGCGAAGACUGGCAAAGGAAAGCAACUGAACCAAAUCUCCCUGUUUGACCUCUUCCCCAAGAAGCAACAUGCUACGAAAAUGUUACCAACGGCUGCCAAUACGCAGAUGCAAUCUGCAGGCUCCGACUUAGAAGACCUUGGCUCCGACAAUCAACGAAACUUCCCGGCUCCCGUCCAGGAGCUAGCGGCAGUAGCCAUUUCCGUAGAACCAGAAUCUCCUAGAGCAUCUUCUAACGGACAGCACACUAGACCGGAAAUAAUCGAUCUGGCAGAUGACCAGGACGCUGAAACACCAAUAGAAGCUGUCGCACGCGACAUUAGGCUUUCGAAUGAGGAAAGCGAACCUGGAGCGCGAGAAGACAAUCCAAUUGUGAUCUUGGACUCCUCACCUAUCAAUAGCACGAUAAAGAUUAAGAGCAAAGCUUCCACUUCCAUUGCCAAGAAGGAGACCUAUUCCAUAUUCGCACCCCGGACGCAAAAGCCUCAGAAGACAAGCUCUACAUCCACAAACAACAAAUCCACGCCCUUUUAUACCGACGCGCCGUUUCCAAAUAGAGAUUUGCAGCAUGUUCGUGGACCCCAGACCGACUUUCCAUAUCCAUCCUCCCGAUCUUUUAUUCGUUGCACCAAAAGGCCCUUGACCUCCCAAAAAAGUGAGACCUUCGCUCAUGCCUCCCUUCAAGACAUCAUCCCGCUCAGUCCUGACGAACACAGUUCCCACGACGCGAAACCAGAGCAUGACCACCCCAAAUUUUCCCCUGCUUCCUCAUCUUCCAUUCAUACCACUCAUCUUCCCAAAAGUAUCCCCCCAUAUCAGCGAUCGCAUCCGGUCAUAUCCCACCUCAUAGAUAUCGCUUCCGCCGCCGCUGGACCGCCAACAGGAGACCCUGGUAAUAGACUUUGGACAGAUAAGUGGCGUCCAAGGCGUGCAGACCAUGUGUUGUACAAUGAAAAUCAUGCUACAUAUUUUCGAGACUGGCUUUCCGCUCUCGAACUACAGUUGGAGAGUCCUUCGGAAGACGCCAAUCACGUAAUGGAAACCAAUAGAAAAGGUAUAGGCAAAGGAACAGUCAAGGAGGUUACUCGCAAAGGUGCCAAACGACAGCGCGUCGUUCGUGCUGUAGAUAGGAAGGCUUCACGAAAGAGACGGAAAGUAGACUCAGACGAGGAUGACGAGUGGAUCGUCUCCGAUUGUUUUACGGAAGAAGAUAUUCGAAGUGAUGAAGGUGAAGAAACUGAACUCGAGGGCGAUGAUUCUACGGAACACGGUGGUCGCAUUCGUCGACGAGGUUCUGAUACCCAAACAGAAAUAUCAGUUCAAGCGAAAACGCCCCCGAGACAUUCCUUCAACGACAGACUGACAAACACAAUCCUGCUAACUGGCCCAUACGGAUGUGGUAAAACAGCAGCGGUAUAUGCUUGUGCAGAAGAACUUGGAUGGGAAGUGUUCGAAGUUUAUCCUGGCAUUGGCAGGCGCAACGCCGCCAAUGUGGAUGAUCUUGUUGGAGAUGUUGGCAAAAAUCAUCUAGUACGGAAAACGAAUGGGAUGCACCGAGCUAAUGAGCAAGAGCCGCCGAUAAAGUCUCACUUUUCACGAAACAAACGAGGUGAUAAGUUUGGUAUAGUCGAUGACAUUAUGGAUAAAGAGGAGGAGAUAGUCAAUAAUCGAAACCGUUCACCGUCGAAGGAUUUUGGGUUCAUGGAACAACUUCCGAAUUCAUCUCAAGCUGGCGAAAGCACUGAGGCUUCCGGGAAGCCGCAGAUCAGACAAUCACUCAUCUUGUUGGAGGAGGUGGAUAUCCUCUAUCACGGUGAUACAAAUUUCUGGCCAGCUGUGAUCAGCUUGAUCAAGGAGUGCAAACGACCUGUCGUGCUGACAUGUAACGAUCUAUCCUUGGUGCCCACCGCGGAUCUACCGCUUCAAGAUAUCCGGAGAUUUGCGCCGUGCCCCGUUCCAGUGGCAAUAUCCUUCUUGCAAGCUUUGUGUUAUGCUGAAGGCUAUAUGGCAGAUAAAGCUUUGCUGUCCACACUUUGUGCUUCAACUUCAGACUAUCAUGUAGGCAGCGGUCAAGACUGUCUAGACCUGCGGCGGGCUAUCCAGCAUCUUCAGUUGUACUGUCCGCAUAGCGAGGGAACAAGGGACUUUCAUAUUCCGAUAUGGGAACGGAUUCCCGACGACCAAGAUCUCGGCCUGAUAGACUGGACCACUGUUAUGCAGGGUCAGCGUACACGGAGACAUCACACCGAAUUGCUCUCAUUCGGUGAUUGUCAUCUGAUUCGAAGCACAAAUGACAGUUCAGCGGUUGCUUCCCAAGCCCUGGAAGGAAAAGAGGGGACAGAUGAUGAUGUUCUAGGACAUCGUGUAGUGUCUGCAACACACACAGGCUGUUUUGGGGAUAAUUACGAUCGAGAUGAGAUGAUCAUGUCAACGGCGCUAAGCUUGUCGCGUGGCGGAGAAAAUGACGAGAGCGGUGCAAGAGAUCUUUUCCUACGCGGGGUCCGUUACGAAGGGCUUGUGCGAGAAUUCCGAAAUAACGGGGUUGUUUCGAUGAGCGAAAGGCAUCGCCGGGAGUCGUUCAACAUGGAUUAUCUGCCGUGGAUACGGACGAUGAUGAAGGCUGACGACGAGCAGGAAAAUGAGAUGGAGAGGAUGCGGGAAACACAGCAACGCGAGGGAAGGAGAACCACACGAAACAGUCAGAAGGCCCAACACGUACGGACAAUCCUGGUAAGUGACACGGAACGGAAGGGGAUGGAAGAUAGCGAGCUGGGAGUACAGAGUUCGUGA